AUGGAUAUAAUUAGUUGCUUACCAGGUCAUGUGAUAGACCGAAUUCUGUCUUACUUGCCAAUUAGGGAAGCAGUGAGAACGAGUGUUUUAUCCAAAAUAUGGAAGAACAAAUGGUACACACUUCCAAAUCUUGUGUUUGAUAAACACGGUGUCUCUGAUGUAGCUUCGGAAGAUUCUUUAGUUGAUAAGAACAAGAUUGUGAAAAUUGUUGAUCAUGUGCUUUUAAUUCAUUCGGGGCCAAUCAACAUGUUCAAGUUCACUGAAGAUGAUGUCAUUGGUGAAAUUCUUGUGACUGAUAUGGAUCGGUGGAUUCUUCAUCUAACCGGAAGGUCUAUUAAAGAGCUUGUGUUGGAAUUUCUGACAGGGGAAGAAGAAGAAGAAUACUAUAAGUAUAAGAUACCUUGGUGCUUAUUCUCUUGUCAAAGUUUACAUCGUUUAACACUACAAUGGUGUUGGCUUAAUCCUCCAAAGGUGUUUGAAGGCUUUAGGAACUUGAGAAGUCUUGAUCUAAAUUUAGUUACAGUGGCUCAAGAUGCUUUUGAAAACAUUGUUAGAGAUACAAGCAUAGUUCUGAAAAAUAUAUCUAGUAGAAAAGGGAAUUAG